ACAUCGUCACGCACUCAAGCCUGCACUCACGCAUUGAAAGCCUUCCUUCCCCACCAUUACCUCUUUACAAUUUACGAGUCGAUCGUCCGAGGUACGUACAUUUUACUUUUAAAUUUGACGCUUAAAAGUUUGCGAAAUACAGUUUUACAAUAACUGUUAUUCGACGAGCCACGAGCGCAUGAAAAAUUGAAUACAGCACAAAAACAUAACGCCCUAUAGCUAUAUAAGCGUGAGUUCGCCUCAGUUCUGCAAAUUUGAUCUCACGCUAACACGCCCGGCGGAAGACUGAAACAUUUCUGAGAAAUAUGUGAUUUAAAAUAACCUAGAACUAAUACUGGAAAAGAAACCUCCAACUCCUGAUCGUACUUCCCUCCAAAAUCCCCUCUUUUGGGAUCUUACCCCGGGGAAGCACUCUCUUAUAUGACAAGGAUGCCCUUUGGGAAAUUAGAUUUUGAAAUCCCAAAGGAGACCAAUUUGGACGUUGCUCAGCCUUUAUUUGACCCCGAGACAGCAAGACAGCACUUUUUAAUGUGAACAGAAAUUUCUUUACAUGCAACGUUAAUCCUCUGCGAUAAAUACCAUUAUGCCGGUAAAAUUAUUGGCCUUCGCUCACUCAAACACCCUGUGAGACCAAAAAAUCUGCAGUCCCUGAGCAUUUUCAUAUAGGAGGUCUCAACGCCACCCCCUCCCCCCCAUCAUGUUGGGAAAUCCUCGGAUUGUCUGCAGAGGUCUGGGCAUGUCCAUAGCUGCAGUGUUUUAUGCAACCACGCCUAUGCUGUGAAAAAAUGUUGACAGACAAAGUGUUCACACCAUUUUUAUGCCGGUAAAGUUUUUGACAAUAAAGCUAAAAAUUUGAUGUCAAUUUUGGAAUUUAAAUUUUUGAAUGGCUAGGUGUCUAAAUUUUCUUACAGUUAGUAUGGUUCCAUGUGAACAGAACACCUAAAAAGACCAAAAUUUCAUCCUAUUAAAAUUCAUCACAAGCUGCAGGCCUGGAGCCCCACCUUUUCCCUAUUUGGCAUCUUCCUAGGCCCUCUUAGUUGAUGCAUUUUGGUGAUGUUUCCAAGAUGAAUGGCCAGGAGAUUCUAAGAUUUGCUCAGACCACAUAACCAGAAAUGAAUAUGGCCCAAUGGAAUAAUGAGGCAUUUUAGGCAAACUUGAAUACACAGUGCCAAGAGAUAUUAUUCUCAAGGGUGGGCCCCCUUGUAUAGGGUCUGGAUAUUUAUGGUUCCCAACUAACUUCAAGCCACUGGGUGGGGGUUAACAGAGGAUUUAUGUAUAAGGAGUGGUCAUGGGCCCCUAACAUAUCACUUGUAGUUUUCAUCUUAUUACAUUUGGCCUGUAAAAGUCUUCUAGAGUGUGAUUGGCUCUGCUGAAGGAAGAAUAACAUUUUGAGGUUCUUAAAAAAAUACCUUUCCUACCAGUAUUACUCUCUGUUUAAGACAUACUUUUACCUCUUCAAACUUAAGGAUCCCCCUCAAUAUCUCAGCUAAAAUAUUGGGCAAAGAAUUGAAAUUUUCCUUUUCCCCAGCCCAUACUCUCCCAUUGCAUAAUGAACAGUUGUAAACUCUUGAGCACUUAAAGAUUGAUCUAUAUUUCUACAGCUUAAGGCUCAGACUCAGUGAAAAGAUAAAAAAAUAAUGGCAUCAGGCCAAAUCCAGACUGUCCUGGGUGAUAUUGAGCCCAGUGCGCUGGGCCGCACCCUUACUCAUGAGCACAUUAAGAUGGACUACAAAUGCUGCAUUCAACCACCCUGGAGAGCCUCUGAUGCACGAAAAAUGGUAAAUUCCGAGAUCAACUUGGCUAAUCUUGGAUGGAUCCAGCACAAUCCUUAUAGUCACAAACUCAACUUGUCACUUGGAGAUGAACCCUUUGAUGACAUGGUUAAAGAGCUGAAGUUGUUUAAACAGGAGGGUGGACAGAGCAUAGUUGAAGUGACCAUCAAUGGUAUCAACAGAGAUGUGGAGUACUUAGCUAAAAUUUCCUCAGCCACUGGCCUGAACAUUAUUGCUGGUACAGGAUACUACAUAGACCACACCCUUCCUCCCGAAAUCAAGGCCUUAUCUGUUGAGGAGCGCUGUAAGGUUAGUAAUAUUGUAAUAUUAAUUAUUUUCACUGUUAGUCAAGAAUAACUAUGCCUAUGUAUAACAAUGCUGAUAUCCUUGUAGCAACCCAGGGCAUUACAGGCAAUCAUCCCGGGGAGGGACUCCGCAUAUAAAAGGGGUGGGGAUGCUCAUCGCUGCUUAGGGGUGUAAAUUUCGGAUUUUGGUCUCACUUAGGGUGUUCAGAGCAAAACGCCAUCAUAUUUAGCUGUGAAGGUCUCGUUUAGGGUUGCAUGUGAAAAAAUAUGAAAAAUAUGUGUAUUGUCUGUGUUUUAACAUGGUCUCUUUUAGGGGUCAAAAAAAGCUCGGGCUAUGCCCAGAUCGGUCUCUUUAAGGGGUGUAAUUCAAAAUUUCUGAUGAGCAUCCCCACCCCUUUCAUAUGCAGAGUCCCCCCCCCUCGGGGCAAUCAUCUAGAAGUCUCAGGGGAGUUAUUUUCUCUAUUUAGAAUGGGUACAGGAGGGUAAAUCGCCCUCCUCCCUACUUUUUCAGGCCAUUUCUCCCUUGUCCAUUUUCUGUUUCUCUCCCCUCCUGUUGUCCCAUGUUGUAAUUAUUAUUGUUGGUCUCUUUUGCCAAAUAAUGUUGUUCUUAACCGGGUUAUAUAUAUAUUUUUCCCUACCAACUCCCCUUCGGUGGCACAUAUUCCUCUCACCAGUAUCAUUGUCUUAGGGCCCUCUACCUUUGCAAAAUAUUGCUUCUCAGUGGUCUUGCAAUUAAUUAAGGCAGCUAGCAAGUGGUUGUUCUGACAGUACAUGGAAAAGGUAGUCAGCCUAUUCCCACUGCAUUCCUAUUAUCCCAUCACAGGUAACUGCAUUUAAAUGGGAGGUAACAGGCAUGCCAAUUAUAAUAAUCUAGUAUAAUUAUGUAACCUCAGCCAUGCUGUUUCUAAACCCUGCUAUAAAUACUGUACUAUUAUAACUAGUAAUAGCCAAAGGUUAGGGAAUGUGGGCGACAACGAUUGAAGGUCAAGAUGCUUCUGCUCUAGUGGUGUGCCUUGCUUAAGUUUCAUGUAAUAGAUGGUCAAAACACAUGUAUAACGAGAUAAUGAGUGACAGGAGGUAAUUAACGGGCAUGAUCCGAUUGCAUUCUGUACAUUCCAUUCAUUCUUAGUGGACGUCCAAAUGAAGCUGGGUUCAAGUAUGCUUAAAGGAGCUGUGUCACGAAAUUCAGCCAAAUUAGGAAAUUACAAAAUGCCUGUUAAAUUAAAAGAAACAUAAAAAUAACCGAUUAAAACUUAAAAGGAAGGUUUAAAAUAACAUAACGGAAACAACAGAUGCCACAGACGGGCAAAACUGAAGAAGAUUGAAACGGAUUGAAAUUAUGGUUUUUGAAAACUGUUCAGCAGCCUAACAGUUUUUUCAGAGCGACCUGGAGAUUAGGAUUGCAGGGCCUCCUUGUGUCUCCUCCAAUUACGGUACUAUUUAACAAUUAUUCCUCGAGCCCCUAGUGGGCUCUGAGUCCAUAGCAGGGCUCGAAAUUAACUUUUUCGUUCGGGAGCCAGCUGGCGACUAACGGAAAAAUUUUGGUCGCCAGAUCGUAAAUUUUGGUCGCCAACUUAUUUUAUAUAUAACUUACACAAGAACACGAUUUUAUACGUUACUUUGCAUGCAAGAAAAGUCACAACUGAAGAGCGAAAACAAUUAGAAACAACACGAGUAACACUUAGUUAUAAAGCUACCGUUGUUCUCAGGUGAUAUGUCUCUGGUCCGAAGGUGAUGGUUGUCUCCAAAGUCAUUUUAAAUGAAGCGAAGCAUAAAACGUUUUAAGUCCGUGGUUUUCAUUCUGAGACAAACACGGGUCCUUGUGUAUUUGCCCUUUGCUACUUCUACGAAAUGCCGUUCUAUAUUUUCGACUUGCUUUCCUCAACGCCUUUCGCUGCCGACAAACAACGCCAUGCUUGGCCCAGGCCUCUACACAACCACAUUGCUCGUACCAGUCUCCGACCGGGAGGAAACAAAAAUGGGCUUAGUGCAGUUUUUGGGUCUUCGUUUCCCUUUAGACAGAACGUUUUAGGAAAAUAAAACCUAAAAUGUUGCGGGAGUUACGGAGGCACCGUAUCUGCCACCAUUUUUGUUGUUGAAGUGCGCCUGCGACCCCAGUUUCGGAAGAAGCCGCUGAAACAAUAUGGCGCGCCCUGAACGCAGUAUCGACGUGUCGAAAUACAUUCCAUUUUUUCGAUUAUCUUGUAAUAUUCAGACAUUAUUUUACUGGGGACGGAAAGGUGAGUUGUAUACUAGCUACCAUAUCCGAUUGAUUUCCAAAUAUAAAGAUUUAAAAACAAAAGUUGUGUCGUGGUUUUCUUUAGUCAUCGGACAAAACGCGAGUCGCCAGCUGGCGACCAGUUCUGAAAAUUUAGUCGCCAGUGCUCAAUUUUUGGUCGCAUUGGCGACCAGUGAGUCGCAAUUUCGAGCCCUGCAUAGCCCAUGAGGCCAAAGGCUGAAUGGGCUAUUGACUCAGAGGCCAUGAGGGCGAGAGGAAUCAUUUUUUUAGUAAAGUCCAACUAGUUGGUCAAAAAUAUUGAGACAAAACAACUUUAGGUAGCAAAACACGAUUCAGCCGCCAUUGUUUUGGUUUUCAAAGCCGGCGCUUUUUGCUACAGGUGGGCUAUAACUUAUAGCCUAGUGGUAGCUCAACCAAUCAGAAUGCAGCAUUGAUAAUAGACCACUAGUUGGAUUUUACUAUUACCCCCUCCUUCCUCAAACAAUAUUUGGGGGGGGGAAUCUGUAGGAGCUGCAGCCCCCUGCAUUGUCAGUAAAAUAAACAGUUUCAAUAUAUAUAGCUUGCAAGUUACACUCCUCCCAAGGACCUGAUGCUAGCUGCAGCAGAUUUUGAAAAUUCUGAUGUAGGGUUUCAUCCACUGACACAUUAAAAGUUUCACUGACUGCACUGUUUGUAUUUUGUAACUGACAUAAGGAGUAAGAGGCGAGUUACAAAAUAAUUUUGAUAAUUAUAUUGUUUGUUGGUAGACAAUGGUCAAAGAGCUCACCGAAGGUGUUGGAGAUACUACUAUUAAGUGUGGUGUCAUAGGAGAAAUAGGAUGUUCAUGGCCGCUAACACCAGCAGAGAAAAAAUCAUUGUUAGCUGCGGCUGCAGCACAGUCUGAGACUGGUGCUCCUCUUAUUAUCCACCCUGGACGGAAUGAACCAUCUCCCUUGGAAAUUGUGCGAAUACUACAAGAGGCUGGGGCAGAUAUUAAUAAAACUGUCAUGUCUCACCUUGAUCGCACUGUCUUUGAUCGCUCCAAGCUCCUGGAAUUGGCCUCCACAGGGGUGUAUUUAGAAUAUGAUUUUUUUGGUAUUGAGGUGACUUAUUAUCAGAGCAAUCAUGCAACUGAUAUCAUAAGUGAUGCCCAGAGAAUACAAAAUAUUAAAUUCCUGGCUUCAGAAGGGUAUGCAGAUAAGGUUGUUAUUGCUCACGAUGUCCACACACGUCAUCGACUUGUCAAGUACGGUGGCCAUGGUUACUCUCACAUACAAGUGAAUGCUGUUCCAAAGAUGCUUAUGAGAGGAAUUUCCCAGGAAGUCGUUGACAAGAUUCAGAUUUCAAAUCCUAAAGCAUGGCUGACAUUCAAGUAA